AUGGCCCCCGAGUAUGUCUUCCAAGGACAGUUCUCGUACAAGUCAGAUGUCUUCAGCUUCGGCAUUCUGAUCCUUGAGAUAGUGACAGGUAGAAAGAGUAGUUCUUUCUCUUACUCAGAUAUCUACGCCAACCUUGCCGGCUAUGUGAGUGGCCUCUUUCCUAUCUGAUAUCUGGUUCAUAUUUGCUAUGGGGGACUGAUGUGGGAAAUUGGUCUGGCUGCUAGGUCUGGGAGCAUUGGGCUGCUGGAGAAGUCAACGAGAUAAUCGAGCCGUCAUUGGGUGCCGAGUAUCAGAUGACAGAAGUCCUGAGAUGCGUCCAGAUAGGGCUCUUAUGCAUUCAAGAAGUGCCUGCUAAUCGACCCACCAUGUCUUCUAUCGUCCUCAUGUUCGAUGACGUCUCGAUGAGCCUCAAUGUCCCAUCGCAUCUGGCGUUUCUCCCCGUUGCGUCUGAGGUUGACCGCCCACCCAAAGAUCAGCACUCAUUGAUGGAGUUGACCAUCACGGACAUGGAUCCCCGGUAA